GAUGGAGAGCAGAGCAGCGGGACGCCACCCACCCGCUUGGCAUUUAGCCACGGAUUCGGGGGGACUGGGAAUGCCGGGGGGCAGAGCAGGGGUGUUUCCCAUAGCAGCGGGAGGGAAAUCCAGGGAGAUCGCCACUAUUCAGUGUUUAUCCUGUUGGGAAACCACGUUUCCAUGCUGGAGGAAACUUGGAGCAGGACAAUCCAAGUUACUAUGGACGCCGCGGGAAGGUGGAGGAGGGAGAGGAGGAGGAAAAGGAGGCAGAGGUGCCUCUGCUCGGAGCUGGAGCUUUGUGCAGCCUCCCCCUCUGCGCUGCUCCAUGAAUUCAUUAAGUGCUUCUCCUUUCCUGCAUGAAAUAUUCACCUGCUGCCAAGGAAACUGGGGGGGCUCGGGGGCCCGAGCCCAUGGAGCUGCUGGUGGGAGCCAGGUGAAAGGGACAGGCGGGAAGAGGGACCUUUGGAGCAGGUAAAAAUGACAACUGGGGUGAUAUCACUGCUGGGUUGUCACUCGGCAGCUCUGCUGUGGUGCCGUAGGGUGGCAGGUCUUGUCCCCCCCCUCACACAGGAGCUGUCUGAUGAUGGUUGAUGGCUGAUGCUUGUGCCCUCAGUGGUGUGGCAGAGGCUUUUUUUGGGAAAUCAGGUCACAGCCGGGUGUUGGGUGAGGUGCAAGCCCAGUGGGGUGAAUGCCAAACCGGAGAUGGGCACGGCACGUGUCUGUCCCCAGGGGACCACGUCCGUCCUGUGACAGACUGUGACAGUCCUCUGUGUCCUCACUCAGGACACCCCAACCCUCACACCACAGCUCAGGGCUGCCAGACUCCCCCAGAAACCUCCAAAAUGGGUGGAAACCCUCCACGAAAGGGCUGUACCUGUCCCCAAAGCCACCGUUGGGACCACAGCCCUGCCGCACUCUUCCGGAGCAGGGAGGAACCCGAGCACUGGGCUGCUCCCCCUCGGAGGAAGAAGCAGCUGUUUUUUAGGGCGUUUUCAUGAAAAAAGAAGAAGGGGGUGGUGGGGAGCCCUGAGCUGGGCUGGAAACUUCAGCGACAGGAAGGAAGUGGAGUGGGUUAUUUCAGGCUCCGGUUGGCUGCUCGGGGCAAGGCUCGACUCUUCUGUGGGCUGAUAGCAGCCAGCCCCUCUGAACAAUGGGGUCCUGGGGCCCUUCCCGGCAGGAAAACGGCUCAUUCCGGUGAAAUCUGCUGCUGCUGCUGAGUCAGCAACUCCUGGAGGGCCCGGUGUGCUGUGCAGGGUGCCGGGGGAGCCGUCCCGCUGCAGCGGGAGCCAGCAGGAGAGAUGGACACCUUCAGCACCAAGAACUUGGCCCUGCAGGCCCAGAAGAAGCUCCUGAGCAAAAUGGCCACCAAGACCAUCGCCAACGCCUUCAUCGACGACACCAGCAGCGAGAUCCUGGACGAGCUGUACCGGGCCACCAAGGAGUACACCCACAACCGCAAGGAGGCCCAGAAGAUCAUCAAGAACCUCAUCAAGAUCGUGAUGAAGCUGGGGGUCCUCUACCGCAACGGGCAGUUCAGCCCCGAGGAGCUGCUGGUCAUGGAGCGGUUCCGCAAGAAGGUGCACACCUUGGCCAUGACGGCCGUCAGCUUCCACCAGAUAGACUUCACCUUCGACCGCAGGGUCAUGUCCAGCGUCCUGACCGAGUGCCGGGACCUGCUGCACCAGGCGGUCAACGGGCACCUGACGGCCAAGUCGCACUCGCGCAUCAACCACGUCUUCAACCACUUUGCGGACUACGAGUUCCUGUCGGCGCUGUACGGCCCGGCCGAGCCCUACCGCACCCACCUCAAGAGGAUCUGCGAGGGGGUCAACAAGAUGCUGGAGGAGGACAGCAUCUGAGGGCGGGCUCCUGGCAGCUGGACGGACUCUGCCUCCCGCCCGGCCGAAGAUGCCGCGUCUGCUUCGACCUUCACCGGGCUCGCCGUGCCCUCCUCCUCCUCCUCUGCAGUGCUCACUCGUGUUCUCCUCGUUUCUCCCAGAGACUGAACCUGUUGACUUUGUGUCCCCCUUGCCCAGGGUCUGCAAACCCCUCCCCGCGCUGGGCUGAGCCCUCUCCAGGGCCUCCUGGGACUUCAGGCCCCUGCUGUACAGUUUGAUUUCCUUUGCCCACCAAGUGCCUUCGGCUCAGAGUCCAGGGAUUGGGACUCUCUGCCUUGAACUCUGUCGUGUCCCUCAGCGGGGAAACUGAACCAAAGACUCGCGGUGUGAAGCACCUCUGAGGUGUCUCUGAGCAGGUGGGACGGUGUUGGGGGGAACAGUUCUGAGACCCCGUAACUGGAGGGCUGUGGAACGCCGUGGAACUUCCAGCAGCUCCACAACGGGGUGGGAGCAAAUCCUGGCCCAGACUUGUGCUGCCUCAGGCAGGAAGGUGCUUCUGCCUGGGCUUAGGUGUCCUCAAAGACAAAUCCCUGAGGCCAGGAGGAUCCCUCCUCACCUGGCGGAGGGCUGGGAGGGAGCUGGGGGGAGCCGCUCCAUCCCUGGAUCCCUGGAACCACCCAACACCCAACCACCCACCUGCAGUGGUGCCACCUGGCAGCUCCAACGCUGUCCUUGGUGGUCAUCCAAAGCUCCCCUGGGAUUUCAUCCCUUUUCCACGCCCUUGACUGAGUGAUGUUCGUUUUAGCAACCUCUGUAGCCCUGAUGAGUUAUUUAAAUAAACUCACUGUGUGGCCUGGGA